UCCAAGCCCUCCACCCAGGGAGCGCAGAGGGAGCUGAAGGCGCCGCGCGGGCUCGGGACCUGCCGCCUCCACCCGGUUGCCGAGGUCGGCGUCGCCGCCGUGGGGUUUCGGGGAGGCCUGCGCGCUGCGUGGCCUUCUCCCGGCCAGCUGUGCGGGCGGCUGGACCAGCAGCAGCAGCAGGGAGAACUCGAGCGCCGGCGGCAGCAGCGACACCAUGGAUCUGUCUUUUAUGGCCGCACAGCUGCCCAUGAUGGGAGGCGCCUUCAUGGACUCGCCCAACGAGGACUUCAGCACCGAGUACUCCCUCUUUAACUCCUCCACCAACGUGCACGCGGCCUCCAACGGCCAAGGUCAGCCAGAGGAGCCGCCAAGGUCGUCCAACGAUGCCGUCUUGCUCUGGAUCGCCAUCAUAGCGACGCUGGGGAACAUUGUCGUCGUGGGGGUGGUGUAUGCCUUCACCUUCUGAGCCGCGGGAGCUCCGGGACGGCCCCCCCUGCGCCGGGCUCACAGCGGGGCACUGUCGCUGUUGGCCUUUGGCUGCGCCCGCGUUCUAGAACCAGGAGUGCUGACCAGGUGCGCGGUCUCUCCAAGGGGAGUCACCAUGCGUCUGGGAUUUCCCCAAGUGGCCCUGAUUUCAGAUACUCCAGGCUGUGGUCCAGCUGAUCCAGAAAAUAUGGGAGCCUGGGCUUCCAGCCCCCGGAGGCACGCCGGGGCAGAGCCUUCGAGGAGUAGAUUGGGGAAUUCUUGAAACUGCAUUCCACGAACACGAGACCAGAGGGAGCAGCCAGUCAGUUUAAAAUACAGACAUGGUUGGAUGAUCCUUUGCUGGCACUGAAUAAUCACUUCUGUGUCUCGUUUUUCUGCCAGCUUACCUGAGGGCAAGGGCAGCCCUCAGGACUUGAGUGUUGCCACCCCAAUCUGGUUUCCCAGUCAGCCCCUCGGAAUAUUGGUGGUGGUCACUUGAAGGGUCAUAGAACGUUCCUCAUUUGACUUGGAAAUGGCGUCUUUGUUACCAGACACCUGGCCCCUUAUGAAACCCAAGGUUGGGGGAUUCCUGGUGACGUGGAUUUCAGGGGUGGCAGUGAUGGUGGUUUUUAUCUGCUGGAUGGACUUUCUCUUCUUUGUGGAAAGAGGAGAAGGUGACUUUAAAAAUUAGAUCUGCCAGGCAGUUAACUCUUUAGAUCACUCACUGAAGAUGCUCUUUCCUCUCUGAGAAAUCACGGAAUUUUAGGGAUGAGGUGGGUGUACCUCAUCGAUUGGCGGGUGGGAGGGAGAGGGACGUGAUUUGCCUGUGGUCCCAGGGCAUGUAAAGGGCAGGGGUCAGAGCAGGAGGGACAUUUCCUGCCCAUCAGUUCUGGGCUGUCUCUGCCCCAUCUAAGCACUGUCUUGAGCAGAUUCCUGCCUUCUCAGCUGCCCUGGGCAGAAUGUCCAGAGGGUCUGGAAGCUGUGUGCAGGGUGGGCAGGGAGUUAGACACCCACACUGUACCCUUGGUUUGGCUCCCAUGCACUCUUGCAGGUGUAAGUAUGCUCUGCCUGAGUCAGUUCCCUUACAAGCUUAAAUGGCAGCGGCUGGGGGGCUGGCAAACCUGGGAGCCCCUCAUCAGGGCCAGAGCGCUGCUGGCCUUUGGGUGCACCCACGUGCUGGGGGGAUCAGUAUAGGAAAGGGCUCACUUGUCUUCAUGGCGCAGUGCCCCCCUUCCUGAAACAGCUCUCCCUGUGCCCCCGAGUGGGACAAGCUCAGACACGGGCUUGCUUGCCUGCAAGCCAGGAGUGGCUUUCUUCUUCCUCCCUGCUCUGUACAGAAGAAAAUAGAGGCAUAAACUCCUCCUCUGUGGUUGAGAGACUUAGAAGACCGGUACAGAAGCCCUCAUGCAUACUCGGGGGCAAUUGCAAAAAGGCUGAGUUUGUCACUGUGGUCUCAGGAGAAAUGAGUGUUUUUGAUAGGCAAAGGGACACCUUAAUUGUCCAGAGGCAGCCACUCGUCUGUGGGAGGUUGGCACCGAGCUGCCAUGAUAACAGGAUUACCGGCCCACGCUGCAGACAGCGCCGGCCGCCAGCCCUUAUUGGCCGCAUCUGUCACUGCCGCCUGGUGUCCAUCCACAAGUGCUUCAGUUCAAGUGGAGGUCGUGAGCACAGAGAGCUGGCGUGACCUUUGCGGAGCGGGAGAAGGGCUGUGGUACCUUUGGCCUGGACUCCUUCUGGAAUCGCUGAGCGCGCCCUGCUGUCUGGAGGCAGGACCAGCCUGGAGGCGGGGCUGGAUGGCGGCCGUUGUGAGCACAUCAUUCCAGCUGCUUCUCCAGCAAACUCCUGUCCAUCAAGGCCUGGCAUCUGCCCCGUGAGCAAGGUCUUUCUUAGACACGCGGCUUUAUGAGGGAACCCAAGGGGGGGACUCCAGAGCCAGGGUGGGGAGACAAGGUGUCUUCAUGGGGGCCGUCCAGCCCCAAUACCCUGAUUCUUUGUCUUCUGACCCCACAUCCCCAGGGAGCCUGCAGCCCUGUAAGAGGCAGGUGGCAGCUCCCCGUUCUCAGAUGGCCUGUGGGGAUGGCUAUGGGAGAGAAGGUUCUAUGUUUGAUAACAGGGGGAGGAGUGGGGAAGAGAGGAAAUGUUGGCUUUUAGCUCUAAGGAGACCGCCAGCCUCCCAGGGCAGCCCUGGUGGGCCCUGUGUUCGCUGGGCAUUUCUGGGCACAGAGGUCUCCCCUCUGAAGGUUUUGUUUUCCCUGACAUGAAAACUGACAUGCUGGCAGUUAAAUUCAACUUCCAGGUCUUUCUUUUCAGUGUCAGGGCCAUAGAUGGUCAAGAGCUUUAAAGAGCUCCUUGUCUAAACCGUGCAUCGUACGGAUCACAGUGACUUGCCCAGGAUCACCCCAUCUCCAUCUCCUGUGAAUUUUUUUUCCCUUCACUCAGAUAGCAGCAGGGAUCGAUGUGCGUGUUAGAUUUCUAGCCAGAGUGCACUGCCCCUUCCCUCGUGCUGCAGUUGGGGUUCUGUCUUUGAUGUUAAGUAAAGGCCAAGAGAUCUGACAUCAUCGCUUGAGUCUUGUGUCCAAGCCUUGUGCCAGAUUCACAGGCACAGAUAUAACCCCUACGCUUACCUUAGAGCAUCACUGCUCCAACACACAGUUAAAGGACCAGAAGCCCCGAGGAGCGGAAUCACUUGCCCGCGGCCACACGGCAGGAAAGUGAGGCUUAAAGCCGGACUCUUUCUGGAACAACGCCAUGCUGCCUUCAGUGGCUGGGCGACGCCUCCAGGGCACAUUUAAACCAGGCCCUGAGUCUCCAGAGGCCGUUUCCCGAGCUCCCACGUCAUGACGUGGCCUCUGCAGGUUGAAGUCUCUGACCAUCCUUGGAAUGGGGCACGUUCAUCCCCCCUUCUCUGCCCAGGCUCUGGGGGGGGGUCCCUGUUGCCUGCACCCCCCCCUUUAAGUUGAACUCAAGUCUCUCUGCAUGGCCAGAGAAGUUCCCAGAGACCAGCUUUCUCGGGACCCAUGAAGAAGGCCCUGACCCAGACCCGGAGCCCCACAGAGGGACCCACACGAGGAGUGAGGCUCACGCAGCCAGAACUGAUGAGAGUCAUGGGAUGGUCUAUGCUGCAGGCUGGGACCCAGCCCAGACUCAGGUCUUCCGCGGAGCCCCAGGGCUCUCCCGAGCAGCUGGGGAUGGCCGCUCCUCUCUCGGACCCCAGCCUGGGGCUCCCGUUCUGGCUUCUCCCAUGUGAGGCUGGCCCCUGAGCCCACCCUGGCUUGAUGGGUCCGUGCUGCGGAAGGAGGAGUUGCCUCUUCAGUAGCUGUUCCUCAGAGAAGGGGUCCUACCAUUGCUGGAAUAUGCGCCUCUGCGUGCUUCUGCAUUUCCCCUCUGCCAGCUGUGGGUGUCGCACACCUGUGUGUGUUUGCGCUUCACCGCACAGACCAGCACUUGCUUUAUGAGGUCAUGAGUUGCAGUCCUUGGAGCUUUGGAGGAGAGGCCAGGCCAGGGGACACUUUAGCCGGGCAUGUCCUAAGGGGAUUCCGCCUCCUAUAGGCCUUGGGAGAGUCAACCGCCGGCCCCUGCUCUGUCUUUCCUGCCCUUUCCAUGGGAUUAAGAGGCAAAUGAGACUCCCUUGACCCCGUCUGCCCCCCGGAGAAAGAUGCUCAUACUUCCUUUCAGGGGUCCCCCGGAAUCUGAGGGAGAAAAGCAGGGAGGACAGGCUAGUACCACUGGCCUCGAGAGACAACAGGCCAUUUUCCAGCUUGUUCUGAACGGGACUCGCUGCCCGCCAACCCACUAGCAUCUGUCGGAAUCCCUCCCUGGAGACUGGAGACACUUGGCUGCCAUCGACACUGCUGCCCGAGUCCUUCCAGACAAACGGUCCUCUCCUUCUGCAGGAACUUGACCUUCCCUCAUUAUUAGUCGUGAUAUUGUUAACAAUGAUUAUUGCUGUCAUUACACACCUUCCUUGUGCUGUGUGCUGAUGUAUCUCAUUUGCUUCUCAAAUCACCCCUCGGGGACAGGAGUGAGGGUACAGAGAGGUGCACGGUAAUUACUGUCCCAUUUUUCUGUUGAGAAAGCUGAGGCCAGGCUGUGUACCUGAGACUCCAUCGCUGAGGAGCUGUGACUCAGACCCAGAUCUGCUGGCUCUGCAGGCUGGGCGGUCGCCUUGCGUCUCGGUCUCCCUGCAUCUGCACCCUCCACGAUGAGCCCUCUGGGAUGGACCAGCCCAGGAUGAGCCUCUGAGGCUCGGCUGUUCUGGUCCUGGAGAAGGGAUUUUGAGUGUACGUCCUAGAAAGGGGCGGGCAGCACUGCCCGGGUAUUUAUCAGUUGCAGAACCUCACAGCAGCAAGAGGCUUUAGAGAGCAUCUAAUCAGGACCGUAACUUUCGGGAGGUCAGCUGCGGCCACAUCAUAGAUUAGUGGAGAGCUGACAGAUCCCCGGACGGAUGCCUGGCCCAGGGCGCUGUGCCUUCACUGGGGAACACAGCAGGGCCCCGGAUUGCCAGUCCCAGCCUUGGGACAGGCAUCAUGUUCUCUGCCGGUUGUCAUCUGGCCCCCUUCAGAGCAAGUCCUGGGUGGGUUGGGCUGCCCUGAUGGAGACGCCCAAGGAGCUGUGCUUCUGGCCCAAGGGAGCAGCUGGAACCUGAAUGUCCCGUGUUUGCCGGGCCCACCUCUCCUGCCUCACCUGCUCCACAGGGCCCUGACCUCAGUCAUGUGGUAAGAAGGUCAUGAUAGGGAUGGAGGGGAGGCCGGGUGGCUGGGCACUGAGAGCCCACAGGGGUGGAGUCUGUAAUCUCCAAGCAGAAAAAUAAGCCACUCCAAGAAACCCAGGUCAUCAGAAUCCAGUGGUGGCCAGGUGUCCCCAGCGAGUCACUUCUGAGAUCAGACGUUGAGCAUUUUCUUUCCUUCUUUUUUUUUGGGAUGGGAGGCUGGGGGUAGACAGGGGACAAAACAGUGCAAACCAUGGUGAUUAAAGGUAGGAAAGUUCCCUCCAGAGUGAGAAAACAGCAACUAUCAGGAGUGCCAUGGAAUUGUCAAAAGUACCUGAAAAGGACUAUGUAAAUUUUGGAAAAGUCUGCAUGGCUUGUUCUGAGUCUUGGUAAAAAGUCAUACUUUUUUUUUUUUUGUCAAGAUAGAGAAUAAAAGCAGAGCAAGCCCUUGGAGGGGUUGGUUGGGCUGCACAGUUCCGGGAUGUGGGGGGCACCUGCCUUUUGACCAUCGUGCACUUGCACCUGCCCAGACCUGUCCAACCAGCUGUUUGAUGAGGUCCAUCGUCUGCUCCCGGGUCCUUGUGCAAGCUGACUUCCUGCAUUCCCAGGAGGAGGUUUGAGACCCGUGCUGCCUUGGGAAUAAAUCCUGACAGAUGUACGAGUCACCUUUGCAGGAAUUUGGGUGCCACAGCUACUGGGGGAACCAGAGCCUUCCCUCCCCACCGAGCCCUCUCCACAUGGUUGAGCAGCACCAGUGGCCCCAGCAUCAGUCUCAGCAGCUGUCUCUCCCCCAGUGUCUAAUGAACCAGAGAAUCACUGCAUUUAGAGUUCAAAGCAUUGUCCCAGCAAUCCAGACGGUUGUGACCUAGGCUCUGUAAGCUGGCAGGAAGGGAGCUUCCAAACUUUUACACUUUCCUCCAGGAAACUGAGUCUCCGAGAGUUUCGGGAGAGUUGCCAGGUCCUGUUUGGGUGAGCAGGAGAGCGGGGUCUUGAGCCCAGGGCAUCUACCAAUGAAGUUUCUGAACCACUAGGACUGUUGUUCUCAACUGGGGGUGACUUUGUCCCCCAGGGCACCUUUGGCAAUGUCUGAAGACAGUUUUGGUUUUCAUGAACUGGAGGGAUGUGUUCUGCUGGCAUCUAGUAGAUAGAAGCCAGGGAUGCUGCUGAAGAGCCCCCAGGACAAAGAAUCAUCCAUCCCCCAAAUGCCAUCCAUCCCCCAAAUGCCGUCCAUCCCCCAAAUGCCGUCCAUCCCCCAAAUGCCGAGGUUGGGAAACCCAGGUUUAGGCUGUGCCGUCUCUGACUCCAAAACUAUGGGUAUCUUCCAAAUCUUCACCUUUCCCCGUUUGUGAGUCAUUUAAUAAAAGUCUCCUGAGCUACAGAAGUGAACACGGUUGCUGCCUCAAGUUCAAAUAAUUCCAGCCAAGGGCAGUGACCUGGAAUCUAGCAAGUUGUUUGGAAAUCCAAGUCCUCUCCCUUUCCAUCGUCUUGGGCUUUCAUGGGGAGUCGCCCUGGAUGGAGAACCGUACGAAGUGGAUGUGACAGUGGGGAUGAACUUGUCCCACGUCCUCCCACCCAGUAACUGUGGAUCUCUGGGACCUUGAGGGACCUGGCUCCUCAACAAUAUAUCUGAGAGGUGCUUCUUGGGGAAAAUCUUAGAUAGGGUGGAGGUAGGGGAGCUGGUUCACAGCCUUUGGGCAAAUCUACAUCUCCUGUUCUGACCUUUUCCCGCCCUAUUUCUCCCAGUUGAAAGCAUACUAGCACUCUUUCUACUAUUUAAACUUUCUACUAUUUAAAGUUUUAAACCUUAUUCUUGUAACUAGCUGCAGUCCAGAUGCCAAUUCUUCAUGCCCAGAGAAUCAGAAAUGUUUCUGUGUCUUACUAACGUUUGCAUAUUCAACUUGUAAGUGCAAGCAGUUUUCUUAAUAAAAAGGUAUUUUAACUAUUCAUGUAGUCCUUUGCUACUGAAGACCCCAGUUUUCGCGAUGAGGUCACUAACUUUUACUACAGUGAAAAGGCUAUGUCUUUUUUUUUUUUUACAUCUUUAUUGGAGUAUAAUUGCUUUACAACGGUGUGUUAGAUUCUGCUUUAUAACAAAGUGAAUCAGUUAUACAUAUACAUAUGUCCCCAUAUCUCUUCCCGCUUGCGUCUCCCUCCCUCCCACCCUCCCUAUCCCACCCCUCCAGGCGGUCACAAAGCACUGAACUGAUCUCCCUGCGCUAUGCGGCUGCUUCCCACUAGCUAUCUACCUUACGUUUGGUAGUGUAUAUAUGUCCAUGCCACUCUCUCGCUUUGUCACAGCUUCCCCUUCCCCCUCCCCAUAUCCUCAAGUCCAUUCUCUAGUAGGUCUGUGUCUUUAUUCCCGUCUUACCCCUAGGUUCUUCAUGACAUUUUUUUUCCUUAGAUUCCAUAUAUAUGUGUUAGCAUACGGUAUUUGUUUUUCUCUUUCUGACUUACUUCACUCUGUAU